AUGGGUGCUUGUGAAAAAGCUGACAUGGAUAAGAAAGUGAUGUGCUGUCCUGGGAAGUUUCUUUCUGCCUUAUUUUUGAUCGCGAUCAUCAAAUUCAAUCCCAAACUUCUACUCUUGAUUGGUAUCGCUUGGCCAGUUCUCUCGUCGGAUAUCUUAUACAUUGUCCCUGUGAACACUGCCGUUUACAUCAUCUGUGCCAUUUAUUGCAUUGUUCUACUUGUCUGCUUGGGAUGUUGUCAACGUGCUGGCGCCGGUCGUGAUAUUUACGAUUUUGAGGCUGAAAGCGACGACGAUGAUAAUGAAAUAAUAUCAGAAAGCCGAAUCAGUAUUGAAUGA